CGGCUGCAGUCCACAAUCGUGGACAUCCAUGUUCGCAAGGGUAUUAAAGACCCACGCUCGCACGUGACAAAAGUCAUCGUCAUGGUAACGGCGAACAACAAACGCCAGGUCUGACCUGAUCGCCGUUGGAGUUAUCCUUGCACAUGUCCGACCUGUGCUAGCUGUGCACACUUUGGCAUUCUUUGGGGUAUAUUCCUAUCUGUCGCAUAGACGUCGUACAUCUCCUUUCCUCUCUUGAUCAUUUGCAGCAAUGGCUCGUCUGCGCAAGCCCAGCCCGCUGGAAGCGUUCAUCUCCAUGCAGCAACCAUCUGAUACACGCCCGCGUCGUUCCAGCCCUAGGAAGGCCGUCCGCGACGUCAGCUACAUGAUCUCCUCCUCCGAAGACGAAGAAAACGUGCCCUUGCGACCGAAACACUCAAAGCGCGAUCUCGGCGAACAGUCGUCCAUCUUCCCGGAAGACUCCUUCUACACAUUGAAAUCAUACGCGAGCUCGUCGAAAAUAGCACUUACUCCACGCAGACAGCGCAUACUCAGACCGGUCGAGAGCAAUAGUCGACUGCUGAGGAAGCUGAGCGAUGAGAGCCUGAGGAGUCCGGAGAAGAGGCCCGGGUCUGAGAGGCGAGCGAGGAGGGAGAGGUGUGCAACAGAAGAUGUUGAGGUCGAUGCUGGGCGGCAACGGAGUCUUAUGUAUGCGAAGAGCUUGGCAAGAAGUUUUGCGGGGAGGGAGCUCAAGAAGGCGAGCUCGAGGAUCGAUGUGUUGGGUGAUGCCGAGCUGCGCAUUCCGGGCAGGCCAAGAACGCAGAAACAGGCGCUGACCGUUGAGGUUCAGGAGGCUCAUGCUGAGCCGGAGGAGACGAGCAUACUCUGCGGAGAGGAGGAGGAUGUUGCUCAAGAAGCGGAGCAGCACCAAGUUGAGCCAAGCGACGAAGUUACUGCCUCCGAGGAGCAAGAAGACGAGGAAGAGGAUGAUGUUGUCCUGCUGGUCAGAUCGAGGCAAAGGCGACCGCAACGACUGGUUGAGUUUGACUCUGAAUCUGACUACGCAGACGCAGCUACCGAGGAAGAGCAGAAGCAGGAGAAAGACGAACCAGAAGAGCCGCAACCUCUAGUUUCUAUGCGACCCCCUCACAGAAAGGGUCACAGUACCAUCUCGAAUUGGGCGCAGGAAGUCAUCGACCUGACUGAUUCACCCCCUAAGGCGCUGGAGCCGUUCGUCCUUCCAGAAUCGACACGUGCCCGCUCAUCGUCAUUCGCAGUUUCGCGUCCGGCAACAUCUUCCUCGGACGGCGUACAUCCAUUCCUUACAUACUCUCCUACGCCAACUAAGAAGCGCUCACCAUGCAAAGCACCCCCAGUCGCGCGUCCAUCGACUCCUCCACCAGCUCCUCCAAGUCCCACCAAGCUUGUAUCACCAUCCAAGAAGAAACCAUUGAUUCCAAAGGCACCCAAUCUGCGACCAAGUCUCGAUGCAUUCUGGAACCCAGAAGUCGUCAACGACUGGAAUGACCGCCACUCGCCUGCUAAGAAGCUUGUGUCUCCAAAGAAGCAGCAAUGGCGCGAAAACAUCACCAAAGUGAUGGGCGGCAUGGACAUCGAAGAGGGGAGCAGCAGCGAUGAAGCAUACGCCAGUCCCGUCACAAGUCCCAAGAAGAAAGCCCCUCGUCCCCAAACCACCAAGAAUCACUCCAGCGUAUCAGAGCCCACAGUCAAAGGAGUCCGCGCCCAGCGCAAAGACUUCGCCGAUCGCAAACACGCCCUCGCAGAAGCCUUCCUCGCCGAGCUCGACACCACUAUCUGCUCUGGCAAAAUUUCCAACCUCUCCGCCUCAACCGGCGGCAUCCAGCUCAUCUGGUCCAAAACCCUCAAGACAACCGCCGGCCGCGCAAACUGGCGCCGCGAAGUAAUUCGCAUCAAGACCUCCUCUCCCGGAUCGCCGCCAGCAUUCAGAACAGAGACUAGACAUCACUGCUCCAUUGAGCUGGCCGCAAAAGUCAUCGACGACGAGGAGCGCCUGUACAACGUGCUCGCACACGAGUUUUGCCACCUGCUCACCUUUAUGAUCUCCGAGGUGCGCAAUAAUCCACACGGCGCUGAGUUCAAGACCUGGGGCCGCAAAGUGUCGCUCGCGUUUGCGGACCGCGGGGUUGAAGUCACGACCAAACAUAGCUAUGCGAUCGAGUAUAAGUUUGUCUGGGAGUGUGUGAGCUGCGGCUACGAAUUCAAGAGACACUCGAGGAGCAUCGAUACGCAGAGGCAUAGCUGUGGAAAGUGUAAGGGCAGGCUGGUGCAGACUAAACCUGCCCCGAGGGCUGGGAAUGCGGCAGAUGGCGCGGAGAGGAAGAAGUCUGACUAUCAGAUUUUCGUGAAGGAGAACUUCAAGAAGGUGAAGAGUGAUAUGGCGGCCCGGGGGUUGGAUACGCAGAUGGGCAAGGUAAUGGAGGUCGUGGCGAGGGAGUACAGGGAGAGGAAGGAGGUAGAGAGGAAGGAGGUGGAGAGGAAGGAGGGCGAGAAGGGGGUUGGUGAGCUUGAUCAGGCACUUGAGGGGCUGAAGCUGUGAGCGGCGCGAAGACUUUUGAUGUUUUACGAUCUGCAUGGUGGCGUUGGAGGUAUUGUGUCGCACAAUCUCUGUUGCAUACUGGCGCAAAUCCGAAUCUCAUUCCACGUAGA